CACACCAGGAUCAUAAAUGAUCAGUUUCACUUUAUAUUUUGGGAGCAUAAACUGCCUUAAAACCUAUAAGUCUGUUUAUUCUGUCCGUAGAGGCGAAGUACAUUAGUUUAUACGUAAUUAUCUGAUAUAGUCACCUUGUGAAAGAGACAAACGCAAGAACACUAUAAGAGGGAAGAUAUUUUAUUUUGAUUCUGUUUUUAUAAUGGGUGUAGUUCUUCGGAAUUUGCAGAAUGUGGUGUCUCUGAGACGCGCCAGGCUGCGCAAAGAUGUGGAAACACUGAGACACAUUUUCGGCGUUCAGAAGUUUGACUUGGGCAUCAUAUGUGUGGACAACCGCAAGAUUCAGCGCAUCAACCACAUCUACAGGAAGAAGAACCAGCCCACAGAUGUCCUGUCUUUCCCUUUCUAUGAGGAUAUGAGGCCAGGCAAACUACCAUGUGCCCUCCAAAGAGAUGAUUAUAAUUUAGGGGACAUUUUUUUAGGUGUAGAGUUUGUAAUGCAACAGUGUAAAGAGACAUCCCAGGAUCUUCAUGAAAGCCUUACAGUGGUCACAGCACAUGGAAUCUGCCACUUACUUGGAUACAGACAUGAAACUGAAGAGGAGUGGAAUGAGAUGCUACAGAAAGAAAGUUAUAUUCUCAGUGAGUUCAACAGGCUAACUGGCCGCCACCUCGAACCACUUACAAAGAGAUGCACAUAGGACAUGUGACAAUAGACAUUGGAAGGAUUCUUUACAAUAAUUGGUGGACUUCCUGG